CGUUGGUCAAGAUCUAAGUAAAUCAACUUUCCUAUUUACAGUUUUAAAGGGCAGGAAUUCUGACAUUCCUAACAUUGGAGCACAGUCUAGCAUACUAAAAAUACCUAGUAAAUCCUACUGAAAGACAUGAACGUAAAACGAAGAAUCCUUUCGAUGUUAGUAUAGUUAAUUAAAGGGAAAUAAGUUAAGAUUGAUAAAAAGUGAAGGAACUAAAACAAUCAUUCUCGUGUGCAAUAUUUUGACCCUUUUCAUUAUGAGUGCGGCAUGGAGGAAAAAACUACCAAUUACUUAUAAAUCGGAAUGCUUGGAUGUUUACAGAGGAUUGUUAAAAUGCUGUAACCAAUUCGUAGAGCCCGAAUACCGGUCUGUUCUAUUAGAAAUAGUGCGAACAAGGACCCGCCAUUAUCAGAAAAUAACAAAUGCAUAUAAAGCCGAAUCACUUUUACAAAAUGCUAAAAAGUAUCGUGAACGACUUGAACAGGCCAAUCGAGGUCAAAUGCCUGCGAAACAAAUAAGACAGGAAAUAAUGAAAAAAUAUAAAUCCUACUUAUAUCAAAAAAGACAAGAAGUUCCCAUGAAACGAGAACAGCGUUUAGCUUCAAAUUUACCAAAACCAAAAAAGCCAGUUUCUAUCCAAGAUUAUAUCCGUGAUGGGAACAUUCUUUACCAUUUUGUAAUGACUACCGGAGGAGAUACUUUUUUGCGGCCAAAAUAUUGGAAGCAAAGUGAGCGCAUAAGUAUGAUGUUGAAAAAACGAAUCGAAACCAAAGAGCAUAGACACCGACUUAUCCAAGCAAUGAAUCAUAUGGUCUAUCAUGCAUCCUUAGAGGAUGAGUUUUUAAAACCAUAUACGAAUGAAGACAUAGGAUUUGCAGAAUCACUCAUAGAGAAUGUCCGGGAGAUUGGAAAAAAGCUUGAAAAAUCUUACCAACAGGCGUCUAAAUCCUGGCAUAUUACAAGUCACUUAUAUAGAAUGAUUGUUAUGGAGGCAGAACGACAACGGCUAGAAAAGCGAUAUUUUAAAACCUGGAAAAACUUAGGAAGGAUAAGGUCUAGGCAUAUAGAUGAUAACUAGCAUUGUUGGCGAUAUUCAACAUAACAAAAAAUCACCAACAUAAUUCAACAUCCACAUAGGAAUGCAUAGUAGAGAAGUCCAUCACAGUAUUUUAGAUUAGUUAUUCUAAACAAAUUAUAAAAUUCCCAUUUAAUAACAAUUUUGUCU